AUGGGUGUUUUCCUGGGAGAUCCGCCCUUUACCUUUUUGAAUAUAAAAUUUGAUAACGAGCACGUGGUCCGCGGUAGUAUAACAGGCUGGCUCAGAUAUCAUUUUGCAGUAUUUCAAAGACUGGGAAUUCCCGGACCCGAACCAACCUUAGUCUUGGGGAACAUUAGAGAAAUUCUGAGCAAGGGUUCCUUCCAAGCUCUUUUGGACUGGCAUGGUCAGUACGGAGAUGCUUUUGGGUAUUUUGAAGGCCACACUCCCGUAGUUGUUGUAUCGGAUGCUGACGUCAUUAAACAAGUGCUUGUGAAGGACUUUUUCGACUAUUUUCCCAACAGAAAGCCUUACCCUAUGGCUCCACGCAAGACUCACGCACUCUUCCUUGCCCGUGGUGGGAAGUGGAAAAGGAUCCGGAACAUCCUCAGUCCGGCGUUCAGCUCUGCCAGAAUGAAGCAGAUGUCCCCUAUAAUUAACAAAGCCGUCAGUGAGAUGAUUGACAACAUGGAGAAACCUGCCACCACUGGAGAACCGUAUGAUAUAUUCGAAGCCUUCCAGAGGUUGACGCUGGACGUCAUAGGCCGAUCUGCUCUGGGCUUGAAUUUUACCUGCCAGAAGGACCCAGAUGACCCGUAUCUCCGAAACAUCCGAUUCUUGUUCCAGGGUCUGGCCAAAUCCAAACUCCUGCCAUUUCUCAUGGUGAUGCCGUUUCUCUGCCACUUAUUGGUUGGUGUAAAGAAUCUCGUUACUUUGAUUGGGCUAAACCCGGUACGGUUCCUUAUCCAGGGAAUGACCGAGGUUAUUCAGGAGAGGCGGUCACGACCGACAAGUACAGGCUAUGUAGAUCUGAUAGAGCUGAUGUUACACUCAGAAGUUGCAUCCGCUUCCGAUACGAAAGCUUUUGUUCAUCCCAAACACAUUCAUGCUACCAAAACAAGGGAGACAAUUUCUACGAGCAUGGUGGAGGAUGUGGCAAACGCAAACAAGAAGACCGUAGACUGUUCGCCGAAUGACUCCGGCAUUCCUGCGUUUAACAAACCAUUCCACUGCCAGGGAUUGACCGAGGAGGAGAUCAUCUCACAGAGCAUUGUGUUUCUGCUGGCUGGUUAUGAGACCACGAGCACAACACUUGCUUUCGCGGCCUAUGCUUUGGUUACCAAUCCUCACAUCCAAGAACUGGUCUGUCGAGAGAUUGACCAAAACAUAACAGCAGAUACAGAGGUCAGCUAUGAGACUGUUCAAAACCUCCGCUACCUGGAUAUGUUUUUCUGUGAAGUUUGUCGCAUGUACCCCACCGCUGGACUGGUGUGUACCCGCCAGGCGGUUAAAGACUGGUCGUAUAGACACCUGCGUGUGCCGGCAGGUAUGGCUGUUCAGGUACAUGUCUGGGCGGUCCAUCAUGACGCUAAAUACUGGCCGCAGCCUGAUCUCUUCGACCCCGACAGGUUCUCGCCGGAGCGUAGAGGUAACAUCAAACCCUUCUGCUAUUUACCUUUUGGGGAGGGACCCAGAAACUGCAUCGGCAUGAGGUUUGCUGUCAUGGAGGCCAAAAUUGCUCUUGUUCGAAUUUUACAAAAGUAUACGUUACAUCGAUGUUCUCAGACACAAGUUCCUGUGCAGUUUGAAUCUCAGGGUGCAGUGAAUCCCAAGCAAGGUGUGGUCAUUACACUUGAAUCGAGAUCACCCCUACCUCACGGAAUAUCAACAGAACAGAGGGAUACAAAGUUUCCUUUUAAUCCAAGUUAG